GCAGUCAGUCGGUCAAGACUAGGCCUUCUAACUCAUCUUCCGGGGUUUCGGAUAGACCACUAAGACCAGCCCGCAAGCCAAAGUUGAGUGUUCUGUGGAGGCACCAGGAGCCUGCUUGUCUGAAAAACCGCGCUUUGAAAAAAAUCAUUCCACGAAAAAAACAAGCACAGGUAAUAUAAAAACCACGUUGUUGGCUGUGUGAAAGAAGGACAAUGGUGAAUUUUGAGUGAUGAACUUGACACCUGACACUUGACUGCUUCUAGCUGGAAACCAUAGCUUUUGUUCACCUUUCUCAAGAGACAAUAUGGCUGCCGAUAUCGAUGCGGGACUGCUAAUAUCAUUAGUGAAAGGGAGACCACCUCUGUGGAACAAGCUUCAUGAAGAUUAUAAAAGCCGAGUGUGUACUUCCCAAGGCUGGAAAGAAGUCUGUCGUGGACUCAACCAGGGCUAUGACAGAUUGUCCUUCAUAAAUAAGACUAAAUACGAAGAAUUGGUGAAAAAGAAAUGGAAAAACGUGAAAGAUCAGUACAUCAAGGCACUCAAGAGACGGAAAGGGAGGCAAAACUCCAAGGGGAAGUCAAAGAAGAACUAUAUCUAUCAUGCUCAGUUGUCUUUCCUGAAAAGGAAUAUGGAAGUGGAUGCAGGAGAAGAAUCUGAGUCCAGCAUUAAAGUUGAAGCGAAUGAAUCCCCUGAGGAACAAGAGGAAGGUAAUGGUGAAACUCAGGAAAGCCCAUCCGACAAUGAAACUAUUCCAGUCAGUGUUUUUGUGUCUGAUCCAGUCACUUCUGUUGUGUCCAAUCCAGUUACUGUUCUUGAUGAGCCAAGUCGGAAGAGGAGGAAAGACAACAACUAUGAGAUAGAGAUUGUGGAUCACUUGUCGCCCAGAGAGGAUCGCCAUCUAUUCUUUUUCAAGGGGCUUCUUCCUUCCCUCCUGGAGUUUUCUGAUGACGAGACUCUUAAGUUCCAGUCUUCUGUUAUAAAUGUGAUCCAGGGCAUAAAGAGAGCACGCUUAUUACCACAAUAGAUUUGACUGUAGGUACGCGAUUCUUUUUUAAUCAGAUCGUCUGUCUGUCCUGGAUACCUAUCUCCCAAAUCAAUCCACCGUCUGCCCCCCCCCCCCCAAAAAAAAAUAAUUUGAAAAUUAAAAAAAAAAAAAAAAAAAGCCCCAAGGUGCUGUAUGAGAUUCCCACAUUCUGUUUCAGUUACAGUAUAACACGGAUAGCUCGAAUUUGUCGGAACCAGCCUCGGUAGUUUGAGGGAUCCAUAGUUCGAGGGAUACGUGAAAAGUGUUAUAAUGGCAUCCGCUGUUUCAGAGAAUCAAGGGAAGCAACAAAGAUUGGGUUGGAAUAGAGAUUUUUCUUUUUUCGGCCAUUGUCCUUGAUUAGAUAGGUUAUACAUGUGCCUGUUAACUUGAAUUUGAAAUUCUGAGACAAUUUAAAGUUGUCAGAUUGAGAAUGAGAAACAUGAUGAGCAACGCUUUCGAGUUCGAUCGGGAAUAAGCCUUCCGGUACAUACACCAAGACAGUUUAAUUGCGCACGUCACUGUGAGCAGUCUUUAGUCUGCAUCAAUCGAAUGGUGCCUUUUAAAAUUUUUCAAAACACAAACAGUUUGACAAGAUGCUAUCGCAAGAGUAAUCAACGACACUAUGACGAAACAAUUCCACCCUACCCCGCCUCUUCCACCAAGUGUGCAUUCUUUUGCAAAGAGGGGUGACUGGGCCGAUCGUGUGAUACACAGCGCCUCCUCUCACCCACUCCACACAAGCCUAGCUAGCUAGGCCUAGGACCUAGGCAUGUGCAGAGAGCACUCAUGUCGAGCUGUGGGCUAAAAAUAGCACAUCCUGCUGGUUCUGUGGAAGGGGGGGGGGGGAGAGGUAGUAUGUUACCGACCUUGGCUUUUCCCGUUUUUUAAAUGAUUAUUUUCAUAUAUUAUUAUUAUUAUUACUAUUAUUUUGUCUCAAGUGCCCCUUAAAGGACAUUGACUUUAAACCUCGGGUGCGCAAUUAUUUCGACUAUUCCGUGUUUGUGUUUAAGCUUCGCGUAGUUUACUUACAAAGAUAAAGAAGAAGAAAUAUGGGGCUGUAAGCACAGUUCAAUGGAUGAGUGAUUUCGAGUAAUCCGUAUUUAAGCUAUCUAGGUUAUACUGUAUACUUUAAUUAACCCUGAUACUAUCCUUUGUAGAGGGAUGUUUGUGCUUGGAGUGAAUAGCAAGAACCAACACACAUUGCAGUAUUGCUUAAAAGAAAUUAUCUCAUAAUAGUUAAUUUGAGUACAUAUGUAAAGAGAUGUUAUGCCACCCUCCUCAUAGUUUUUAAAAAGACAGGGUGACAAUUGGAUUGCAAUAUUAGUCGCAAACAAUAUUGUCCUUUAGAACUUUUGAGAAUUUUAUUUAAGGCGUCCAAAU